GAAUUGUCGCAUAACAGAAAAAGAUGUCUACCAGCGCGGUUCUAUUGUUUCAGUUCUUAUUUUAUUAUUUAGCUGAAAAUAUUAAUGCUGCCUUCGUGGACAACAAAUUCAACAAAUAUAUUGAGCUAUCGGAUUUUGCUGGGCUAAAUUGUCCCGCAGAUAAAACCUUGUUUAGCUAUGCCGACGGAGGGGUUGCGCUGUGUGCUGCGAAAUGUUCUAAUACUCCCUCCUGUGACGGCGUGUUCGACCUGGCCGACAACAAAUGUUUCGGAUGUAAAAUGCAAUUCUCAGACAAAAAUUUAGCCCCGACAUUGGAAGGAACGAAAUAUUAUCGGCGGCAAAACUAUGUCGUUGUCGAGAACAACUUAGACUGGGACGAAGCAAAGAUCAACUGUGAAAGUUUGGGAGGACAUUUGGCAGAUAUAAAAUCUCUAGAGGAAGAAAUGUUUAUAGAAAAAUACGCAGUUCAAUCGCAUGCUGAAAAUGGACUCUGGAUCGGCGGUACCGAUGUGCAGGUGGAAGGGACAUUUCUGUGGUUAGACGGAACCAAACUUUCUGAUUGGUAUACCAAUUGGAACCCUGGAGAACCAAACAAUAACAAUAGAUAUUCACAGUCAGAGAACUGUUUAAACUUAAAGAGUGUCGCAGGAACCUGGAAAUGGGGUGACGUAAAUUGUACCAACGAAAAUAUGAGCCUUUGUGAAUAUUAUUAAGUCGAAUAUGGUUUGUUUAGAUCUGACAAUCGCAUCUUCUCGGCCCUUAUAAGGACCCCGAAUACAACAGUAAAAAUACAAAGAAUGGAUAGGGUAUUUCGAUCUAACAUAUCCUAAGAAACUUAUCAUGGAAACAAAAAGUAUUUUAAUACGGGGGUUGUUGACUAAGUUUAUUAUUAUAUUUCGAGUGUAGAAACCGAAAGUACAAAAUGUCUACCUGUAGAUAUUAAUUCGGCUUUGUUUAUUAUUUUAUCAUCAGUGGACAAUUUUAAUUGAUUAUGAUUUUCAGACAUAUUUUUAAUCAUUACUUUACCAAACUAGACUUUAUCUAAAUCCACGUGGUAAGACUACUUUAAAUCUGCAUUUAGUCGGCGGAUAUUAUGGAAAAAAAGCCGAUGACGUUCCGAUUGUAAAGCUCAGAGAAUAUCUUUGGAAUUUCAGUAAUAUUUUUGGAACUUUUGGUAUAUCAGUGGAACUUUGGGUAUAUCUGUUAAACUUCUGUUAUAUCUGUGGAACUUUGGAUAUGGGUAUAUUUGUGGAACUUGGGGUAUAUCGGUGUGACUUAAAAAAUGAAUAUGGGUAUACUCGUAUAUGUGUAUCUCUGUGGAUUAUUGGUAUAUCUGUGGAACUUUGGUAUAUCUGUGGAAUUUUGAAUAUAUCUGUGAAACUUUUAAUAUGAUUGUGGAACUUUAGGGCUAUCUGUGGAACUUUAAAUAUGUCUGUGGAACUUUAGAUAUAUCUUUGGAGCUUUGAAUAUAUCUAUGGAACUCUAGGUAUAUCUGUGGAGCUUUGAAUAUAUCUGUGGAACUUUAGGUAUAUCUGCGGAGCUUUGAAUAUAUCUGUGGAACUUUAGGUAUAUCUGUGGAGCUUUGAAUAUAUCUGUGGAACUUUAGGUAUAUCUGUUCAGCUUUGAAUAUAUCUGUGGAACUUUAGGUAUAUCUGUGAACCUUUGAAUAUAUCUGUGGAAAUUAAGAUAUAUCUGUGGAGCUUAAGUUAUAUCUGUGAAACUUUGAAUAUAUCUGUGGAGCUUUGAAUAUAUCUGCGAAACUUUGAAUAUAUCUGUGGAACUUUGAAUAUGUCUUAUAUAUCUGCGGAACUUUUGAUAUGUCUGUUGAACUUUAGGUAUAUCUGUCGAAAUUUAAAUAUGUCUGCGAAACUUUGUCUGUGGAAUUUUAGGUGUAUCUGUGGAAUUUUGAAUAUGUCUGUGAAACUUUAAGUAUAUCUGUGGAGCUUUCAAUAUAUCUGUGGAACUUUAGCUAUAUCUGUGGAGCUUUAAAUAUGUCUUUGGAACUUUAGAUAUAUCUGUGGAACUUUGGUAUAUCUGUGAAACUUUGAAUAUGUCUGAUGAACUUUAGGUAUAUCUGUGAAACUUUGAAUAUGUCUGUGAAACUUUAGGAAUAUCUGUGGGACUUUGAAUAUGUCCAUGGAACUGUCGGUAUAUCUGUAAUAUAAAUAAUUUAAUUUGUUUAAUUUGUUAAGACAAUUGAAGAAAAACACUGGUUUAAUUACGGGCUGCCUUGAGAUAAUUUCAAUUGAAAGUAAGGCAAAUUUUACCUUUACUACGCAGAAGUGAAUGUGUGCGAGUGAAUGUACGAAUUUCUUUAGUAACAAGUUUUUACAUUUUACAUUUUAUAGGCACAUAAUGCCUUGGAAAGGAAUAAAUUAAAUUCUUCCUUUUCUUAACAAAGGGCAAACUUGUGUUAAUAACGUUUAAGUGAUGGUUUUAGAACAUGUUUAACUUGAUGAUAUCUCUUAAGGAAAUUACGAUGUAUGAAACAUUAUUUGUCAUAAAUAUCAAAAUGUAUGUAGUAUUUUAGCUUCCAUGCAAAAAUACUAAAUCACUAUAACUAUACUCAUUGCCAAAAAAAGCAAAAGUGGCAACAGAUAAAUCAUAAAACUUUUUUGCUACUAUAUCGAGGAAACAACAAAUUAAACGAUUUUGAUAAAAAAAUAAAUAAAAGCAUUUCUGGAGCAUUAUUGAAAGCCUUUAAAAAGUAACGAAUUCUUUAAGUUUUAUCUGAUUGUAACAAUAAAUUUUAGUGUAUGUGCAGCGAAGCAAAUUGGGGACUUCUGACAAUUGUAAAUUCUAAAACUUUACGAGACUUUAAGUUUAAAAAAUAAUAAAAAAUACUAAAACAUAAAAUAAACACUUUACUUUAUAAAAAAGCGGAACGUAGACCUUUUUGGAAAACAUUUACCAGUACACUUUUAAAUUUCUGCAAUAGCUCUGUUGCAACUUGUUUUGAAACCGUUCAUAUUUUCGCUAUGAUAAUGCUACACUGUAUUUAUAUAUUUUCAAGGUGGUUAUUGAUGUUCUUUGUUUUCUAGUAAUCUAAAUAAUAAAUGUCUUUUUUCCAGUGAUUGUAACCUGUAAGUUAUCUGCAAGUAAUUUGUGAGUUAUCUGUAAGUCACUUCAAGUUAACUUUAUGUUACUUCAGGUUUUCUGUUAAUGACCUUAAGUUAUAUGUAGGUUACCUAAAGAUAUUUGUUAGUCAUCGUAGGAUAUCUGUAAGUCAUCGUAGGUUAUCUGUUUGUUAUCUUCAAGUUAACUGUAAGUCACCUCAUGUUAUAUGUAUGCCAACUAAAAUUAUCUGUAGGUCACCUCAGGUUUCCCUAAAGUUAUCUGUAGGUCACCUCAAGUUAUCUGUAAGUCACCGUAGGUUAUGUAAUAGAAAUAGCAUCGAAACACGAGGCUAUCUGAUUUGUACGAGGGGACGUAGCCCCGAGAAUUAAUCAUAUUGCCGAGUGUUUUGAUGUUCUUUCUCUUUUGUAUCACAGACAAACACGUUCCAUGUUGUCACAUUAUGAAACCCAAGAAAAAAGUAACCAUUGAACGAGCAUCUGAAUAGAAUAUUUCUAUCGCUUUCCCUUUCUCUUUCUGUCACAAUAUAUAAACCCCAGACAAUGGACAUGCUCUGGAGUACGGGUAACUAAUACCUGUACUCCAGUUAACGCACUGUGAAUGUAUAUGUAUACGAUUUAACUCUGACACAUUUUCAACAGAAAGAUCCCCAAACUAUGAUGAUACAACAUACAGUUGUAUCUUAGUUUAGGGACCUUUCUGUGAUCAUGCCCAUUCAUUGGCUCAUUUUUGCUGGGGUUUACUUAUUGUGACGGCAGAGAGACGGACAGCGACAGAAAUAUCAUAAUUAGGUCUCCUUCAGUGUGACAACAGGGAACGUGUUUUAAGUUUGACUAUGAUACAAAAGAGAAAGAACAUCAAAACACUCGGCAAUCUGAUUAAUUCUCGGGGGCUACGCUCCCUCGUACAAAUCAGAUAGCCUCGUGUUUCGAUGCUCUUUCUAUUACUUACCUUCAAGGUAUCCGUAUGUCACCUCAAAAUAGCUGUAAACGACCUAAAUGUUAUCUGUAAGUCACUAUAAGUUAUCUGUAUGUUACCUUCAAGUUAUCUGUAAUUCACCACAAGUUAUCUGUAUGUUAACUGCAAAAUGUUUGUAUGUUACAUGAAAGCAACCUUUAAAAAAAAGAUGU